AUGUCUUCCGAUACAGUUGAUUUGAAGCAAGAGCCCCAAGAGACCCAGGUGGCUCAAGAAGUCUCUCAAGGUACCAAAGAAGAGCCUCAGAAUGCAGAGCAGGAGCCACAAGAGAAGGAUGAAGAACCUAAACAGAUGACGUGCGAGCUCGCACUUCUAGACAAGAAGUACGACAAGGACGGCCAUAAAGUAUACAGCAAACGUAAUCCUAGAGAAGACGGCGACAAUCCAGACUGGUGGAAGCUAUACGCCCUCACAGAGACGCGCCAUUUCAAGGAGAGCGGUGCAUUCAAACGCACACGGUUGCAUGUGAACCCACAACCUUUGAAACAACUUCUUGAAGAUGUCAUCGUUGGGUUUCCCUAUGAUCCCGUUGAUGCUCAGCAGGAAGUUGAGUUCGACCUGCCGGCGUAUUGUCUCUUCUUCUACCGAAAACAGCUAGAAGAAGUAGGAACAGAACGGUUCAAGGACGACGAGAGUUCUCUCAAGCACCUCAAGCUUCUCCUAGAUUGGAUCGACAAGGUCCACGAAGAGGCUUUCAAGGCCUCCCAACGCUUCCAAUCGAGCGAUCAGAGACCGAUUAGUUACGAGUACCUCUGGACGAUAUUCAAGCCAGGCUGCCUCCUAUACACUCGCGUCCAAGGCCAGCCGCGUGCAUUCAAACUACGCGGUUUCUGGUACGAAACUGACGACGAGCCUUGCUUGGCCAUCCGAUUCAGAUACGUCGACUACGACGGCGAGAAAUUCGGCACGCGCACGGACACGUUCCGCAUCCCCAAGUACUCAGGUGUCAUGCGCUGCGAAGAUCUCAACAUAAUGCCCCUUGACUUCCAUUCUUCAUCAUCUGAAUUCCGUACCCGCCUGCUGGAGCGAGGCCGUCGAUUUCGGGAACUAGCUGGCCAACAUUUCAUGCAGUAUAGCGGAGUGGCCAUCAAGCACGACGGCUCGAAAUAUGACCGAUAUAAUCUCUCCGGCCGCGUCGUGAUCGACUGUAAAAACUACCGGCACUUCGAACCGAGCGACGACUUCGAGUUGGACGACCUUCCACGAACCGAAGCGGCGAAGCGCCAGCGCACCAUGCGCAGAUAUAACGCAGGCGUCGACGGCGCUGACGGGAAUAUUCUCGAUGACCUUCUCGAUGAGGAUCUUAUUAUGACCAACGCAACGGUGCGCGGCUUCGCGUUCUCGAUUAAGAAGUUCCUGGAGUUCUUCGUGGAAAAUCUCUCCCCGAUCAAAUGGGAUGAGACCUACUUUGAUCAGCUGGUUCUGAACCCUACUACCAAGAGAACGGUUCAGGCCAUGGUAUCCAUGCAUACGCGACGAGGUCAGACCAACGCGGGAGUUGACGAUAUUGUUGAGGGCAAAGGAAAGGGGCUUGUAUUAGUCCUUCACGGCCCACCAGGAGUUGGAAAGACUCUAACGGCCGAAUGCGUAGCAGAAUCAGUGCAUAGACCACUCUACAUGGUAUCUGCUGGCGAUUUAGGAACUGACAGCUAUUCGCUCGAGGUGACGCUAGGGCGCAUUAUGGACAUUGCAACGACAUGGGGUGCGGUUUUAUUGAUCGACGAGGCCGAUAUUUUCCUAGAGCGCCGAAGCUUACAUGACCUUAAGCGCAAUGCGAUGGUCACGAUAUUCUUACGAGUUCUUGAGUGUAAACUACCGCGGAAUCCUCUUCCUGACAACCAACCGCGUUUCCACCUUCGACGACGCCUUCACGAGUCGUAUCCACGUACCCCUCCGCUACACGAACUUAAACGAAGCCUCACGCCUGACUAUCUGGCGCAACUUCUGCAAUCGUGUUCCAGGGGCGUGGAUAUUACGGAGAAGGAAAUGAAUCUCUUGGCUAAGCAUGAACUCAACGGUCGCCAGAUCAAGAACAUCGUCAAAGCUGCCGAGAGUCUUGCUGCAUUUGAUGGCCUCAAACUUAAUGCUGCUCAACUGGAGUCCUUCACUCAAGUCCAAGGAGAGUUUGAGAGGGACUGGUUGCAGUUUGUUGACGUUGCUGAGUAA